GGUCCCGGGGCCUCUCGAGCGCGGGGCGCGCCUCUAGCCGGCCGGGCGCCGACUCCAACUGGGGAGAGUUUUCCGCGAUGCCGGGACGGAGAGCGGGGGCGGCGCCGCACCUGCGCCCGCCCUGCGGAGCGGGGACGCCCUGGCUCCCGCCAGGCUGGGGUCGCGGCGCGGGCAUCCGUGCCCGCGGCGGGGACCGGGACCUUCGGGGCGAGUGCAGCGAUUGGGGCAGCGGCGGGGCUCCCCGGGAUGGCUGGGGCUGCUCAGACCCGGAGUCCGCUCGAUCUGCAGGGUCGAGGUCUGGGUCGCGACCCCGAGCGCCUCUGCGGCCUGAGCAGGUCGGGGUGGGGCGUUUCCAUGGCGGCGGCCGCGGGGCCUGGCGUGCGGGCGCCUCCGCGCCGCCAGGGGAGGGGGCAGUGCCCUCCGAGCCAGAACAGGGAUGUUGUUGGGGCUGGCGGCCAUGGAGCUGAAGGUGUGGGUGGAUGGCAUCCAGCGUGUGGUCUGUGGGGUCUCGGAGCAGACCACCUGCCAGGAAGUGGUCAUCGCACUAGCCCAAGCAAUAGGCCAGACUGGCCGCUUUGUGCUUGUGCAGCGGCUUAGGGAGAAGGAGCGGCAGCUGCUGCCAGAGGAGUGUCCAGUGGGCGCCCAGGCCACCUGCGGACAGUUCGCCAGUGAUGUCCAGUUUGUCCUGAGGCGCACAGGGCCCAGCCUGGCUGGAAGGCCCUCCUCAGACAACUGUCCACCCCCGGAACGCUGCCCAAUUCGUGCCAGCCUCCCUGCAAAGCCACGGGCAGCGCUGGGCUGUGAGCCCCGCAAAACACUGACCCCGGGGCCAGCCCCCAGCCUCUCACCCCCUGGGCCUGCACCCCCUGUGACACCCACACCAGGUUGCUGCACAGACCUGCAGGGCCUGGAGCUCAGGGUGCAGAGGAAUGCUGAGGAGCUGGGCCAUGAGGCCUUCUGGGAACAGGAACUGCGUCGGGAGCAAGCCCGGGAGCGAGAGGGACAGGCACGCCUGCAGGCGCUAAGCGCGGCCACUGCUGAGCAUGCCGCCCGGCUGCAGGCCCUGGAUGCUCAGGCCCGUGCCCUGGAGGCUGAGCUGCAGCUGGCAGCGGAGGCCCCUGGGCCCCCUUCACCUAUGGCAUCUGCCACUGAGCGCCUGCGCCAGGACCUGGCUGUUCAGGAGCGGCAGAGUGCGGAGGUGCAGGGCAGCCUGGCUCUGGUGAGCCGGGCCCUGGAGGCUGCAGAGCGAGCCCUGCAGGCUCAGUCUCAGGAGCUGGAGGAGCUGAACCGGGAACUCCGUCAGUGCAACCUGCAGCAGUUCAUCCAGCAGACUGGGGCUGCGCUGCCACCGCCCCCACAGCCUGACAGGGGCCCUCCUGGCACUCAGGGCCCUCUGCCUCCAGCCAGAGAGGAGUCCCUCCUGGGCACCCCCCCGAGUCCCAUGCUGGUGCCCAGCCUAGGCCCCGAGGGUAUGUCUGCGCUCCACCUCCCCUGGGGCACCAGGCCCUCCUGUGGCCGCAGCCACCUCAGCCUGUGUCCUCCCGCAGUGGCCCCCAUGAAGCAGAACUCCUGGAGGUAGCAGCAGCUCCUGUCCCCGAGUGGUGUCCUCUGGCAGCCCAACCCCAGCCUCUGUGACAGCCUACUGAGGGCUUCAAGACCGGCCUGCCUGGACUACAGAAGGAGAGUUGGCGGUCACAGAGGGCUCCUCCACCGCACAGUGGGAAGCCCUGGGUAUGGCCUCAGGAGCUGGGCGUGCAGUGGGGGACUGCCCUAGUCCUUGCCAGGUCUGCCAGCACCCUGGAAAAGCAUGGGGCGUAGCCAGCUCAGACCUUGCCAGGCCCCAAAGGCCACGACUGCCUGUUGGGGACAGGAGAUGCAUGGACAGUGUGCUCAAGCUGUGAGCAUGUGCUUGCCUAUGGGAGGGGUCCUUCACUGUGUGUACACGGCAAAAGCACGUGUGUGCCACUUCCCCUACCCCAACGUGAAAACCUCAAUAAACUGCCAGAAGCGGCUUGA